UAGGACUUCCUGAUUCCACUGAGGGGCGGAUCGGUAGAGAGCCGGCAGCUUCCUCAAACUAAAGAGAGUUUUAUCUCUAACAUGACGCAGUUACUGAAGAGUCCUGAGGAGAACCGGAAUAACAAUCCUGGCGGGUCCUCCUGACUGUUUCUGACUGCUUCUGCUACUAUGAAGGUUGCUACCGUCUUCCUCCUUAUCAUCUGUGGGAUCUCUGCAGAACAAGAGCAACAGGAGGUGAAGGCGAGACCAGGACAGAACGUGUCCCUACCGUGUCCGGGUCCUCAAGAUGCCUCCAUCAUCGUAUUCUUUUGGAAGAGAUCUGAUCUCCCCGAUGGCUACCUGCUCUUCUUCAGAGAGAACCGCUUCCAUGAGCACUACCAGCAUGCCACCUUCAGAGGGCGGGUGGAGGUGACUCCAUCUCCUAUGAGGGACGGAGACUUCUCUGUGGUUCUACAGAACGUCAGCACAGAAGAUGAAGGAACGUAUGACUGCCUGGUGAAAACCAGGAACCCAGGAGGAGACUCCUCUGAGUGCAGACAUUCCAUCCUCCUCACAGUUUUAGGUACAGCAAACACAGAGGGUCAAAGGUCAGAGAAGCAUUCACUGAACCUGUUUUUGCUCCGCAGGUAAGGAAGAACCUGAGGAGGCAGGAGGCGAG